AGCUGGCUUCACAAAGACAUGGACGACAUGGUUCCAUGUGUCUAUAUAAAUCAGCUAGCACCGAGAGAUUCAGCAGAAGCAUCAAACAAUAUCUGAUAUUAUAGCAAUGGAAGUGAUAGUUAUUGUGCUUAGUGUUGUGGUGAUUUUAUUGAGCAAUGUGUUUGUUUAUUUGUGCUAUGAAUUCUGGUGGAAGCCUGAGAGUUGUAGAAUGAAACUUGGAAAGCAAGGCAUCAGGGGUCCUCCAACUUCUUCUAUUCUUGGCAACAUUCCUGAAAUGAAGAGAUUGAUUUCUCAAAUCUCUCAAACUCCUCAAAUUGAUGGUCCUAUCACAAUCUUUCCUUACUUCAACAAAUGGACCCAACACUAUGGGAAGUUGUUCAAGUUUGCACUUGGAAAAAUACAAAUACUUUACGUAAGUAAUGUUGAAUUGGUGAAGCAAUUAAGAGUACACAGAUCAUGGGACCUUGGUAAACCUUCUUACUUACAAAAUGAACGUGGAGUUUUAUUAGGCAAAGGCCUUAUUACUACAAACGGUGCAGUUUGGUCUCACCAGAGACAAACUGUUAGCCCUGAGCUCUACUUGGACAGAGUCAAGGAUAUGGUGAGUCUGAUGGUUGAGUCUGGUAGCACAAUGGUGGAAUCAUGGGAGAAAUUAAUUGAAAGCGAGGAGGGUGGCGUUUGCGGUAUAACGAUAGACGAUCAUGUGAGGAAUUUCACCUCUUACAUAACCUCAAAAAUGGUAUUUGGAGAUGAUCACCAUAAAGGAAUCAAAAUAGUUCCGACGUGCAUAGCUCUUAUCAAAACUAUGGGUUCUGCAACAACGCUUGGACUCCCCUUCUCCAGAUUAAUUCCAACGAAAUGGAUCAGAGAAUCACGAAGACUAUCAAAAGAAGUUCGUGAAAUGAUUAUGGACAUAGUCAAAGCUCGAAGUGGAGACAAUGCAUCUCACCAGGAUAUAUUACAGGUGAUCUUCGAAGGUUCGAAAACCGCCGAGCUCGGAAAUUUGACGAAGGAAGAGUUCAUAGUUGACAAUUGCAAGGAUAUAUUUCUUGCUGCUUGUGAAGUCACUGCUAUUGCCGCAAUCUGGGGUUUAAUGUUGUUGGCUUCAAAUCCUGAAUGGCAAGCUCGUGCCCGUGCCGAGGUUCAAGAGGUGUGUGGUGGGCAAGUACCUGAUAGCAACAUGCUUAGCAAGAUGCCUGUGCUAAAAAUGGUGAUUCAAGAGGUUUUAAGGCUCUAUCCAGGAGUAGCAUUCGUAUCAAGAGAAGCCAUACAAGAUGUAAAGCUCGGUGAAAUAAAUAUUCCGAAAGGCGUUGGAAUUUGGAUAUGGAUGAUGGAAUUGCACCGCGACCCUGAACUUUGGGGAGCUGAUGCAGACAAAUUCAAUCCGGAAAGAUUCGCAAAUGGAGUUUCAGGAGCAUGCAAGUCUCCGCAAGCUUAUAUACCUUUCGGACUAGGAGCUAGAGUGUGUCCUGGUCAGAACUUAGCGGUUACAGAACUAAAGGUGUUGUUUGCAAUGCUAUUAUGCAAUUUCAAGCUUACCAUCUCUCCUAAAUAUCGUCACUCCCCUAAAUUUAGACUGCUUUUGGAGCCUGAGCAUGGUGUGGACCUCCUUAUUCAAAAGAUCUAAUCAUUGGAAGAACUCUAUACUUAAAUAUUAUAUAUCAAUAAAUAGGAUUUAGCUGCCGCACUAAAAUAAAAAAUUAAGAGUUUGGAUAUUUCUAUAUAUCUUUUUGAGGAUUUUUACUCAAGUGUAUUAUCAAAAAUAAAAUUAAUAAAAUAUGUUAUGAUCUUUUCUAAUAA